AAGACGUCUGAUAAUUUGUGCUAAGAAAAAAUUGCAACUCAAAAUUGUGAACGAGUCUUUAAAUUAAAGUAAUUUUGGUAAUACAUUGCACAGUAUUGUUUUUAACACAGCGUUUUUUACGUAUUGUGUAUAAAAUUUUUCAAAUAAAAUAUUGCGGCUUCUGAAGGAUAAAGAAUUUAAUAAGUUUUUUCGACAAUGGGUCGCAGAAAAAAGAAUGCAAAAAAGAUUUCCGGUGUUACACAAAAAAUCUAUGAAAGUAAUAUAAAAAAAACAGAAAAAUCCAAUUCUGAUAAAAAAGAAAUAGUAGAACAGAAAGAAGAAAAUAUUUUCAUUCUCAAAACUGUGAUUGACGUUUACUCGCGUAUGAAAUUGCCACUCGUGCAUUCCACGCAGCAUCGAGCGUCGGACGACAGCGACGAAGAGGAAGAUACCCUCGAGCUGAACUUCUGGCCGCGUUUUGUCUUUGUGUCGAACUUGUGCCUGAUCUGCAUGGAGCGAUCGAAGGAAACUUGCGAAUCUUGUGGCAUGGUUUCUUAUUGCACUGUCAAACACAAGAAGGAAGGCUGGUCAAAGCAUCGCGACUUGUGCAAACUUCUUACCGAAGUUUGUACAACCGGCGAAGGGUUGUCAUUACUUCCGAAACUCACCGCAGACGAUUAUCGUGUUUAUCGGCUAAAACUAAUUGAGAUUGUAGAAUGCCGCUUGGUCAGGUCUCUUGAGUUAUGGGAAAAAGAGAUACUUCUCUACCCUCGCGUUUGUCGCAGCUGUCGUUGUUUCUCAAAGGAUUUGAGGUGCUGUUCGAUAUGCGGAAUCGAGUUGUUUUGCGAAAAUCAUAAAAGCGGACACGAAGAGUGGUGUCGGGAAUUCCAAGUGUUUGGGAGAAUAUUGAUCAUGCAACAUAAAAACGGGUAUGUAAAUCCCGAGAUUCCGGAUACUAUUCAGAAAAGCCCACUUUAUAUGCCGAAUAAUUUAGAUACAUUGAUGGCGCAACUUUAUAGUUGUUCGACAUAUUAUCGCAGCAUGGACUGUUACACGUAUUGCAGCUUGUCUCAUAUAUCAACCAUUCCAUUGACAACAUUAUAUUCCAUGCAAAUUUCUUGCCAAGAUUGGGAGAUUAUCGACACUCUCGUGGUUCACAUAAUAGGCGCCGAAUUUCACUUUGAGUGUAUAAAUUUGUACGUGUGGGAAACAUUUUUUUUACAUUUGCUACCGAAUUUGAAGCAUCUUAGAUUAAUGUUUAUUGGCCCGGAAAUGCGAUUGCCAAUGGUACCAUUAAAUUUAUUGACCGCUGUAAAGAUGUGUCCGGCGUGUAAAUCAUCCAAUCGACGCGUGAAAGUUUCAUUUCAUCCUGGAAAAUUCUAUCACGAUUUUUAUCAUUCCGAACAAUUUAUAAAACCGCACAUUGUGUGUCUCUUUAAUCCGGGACUUUAUCGAGAAACUGGUUUUGAUGGCAGAGACACGUGGCCGGAGACGAUAAAGAAAAUUUGUAAAACAAAAGUUCCCGUUUGUGUAACGUCUUAUACAAAGCACGAAAUACCUCGGGAAAUGAUCAGGAUAAAAUCGAUUGCUGAUGUGGAAACGAUUUUGGAGCCACGAAAAAAUCCAUUUGCUUCGAUCAAACCUGAUAGAAAUUUUGUCAGCGACGAUACGGUGCCACUUAUCUAUAAAAAUUACUAUCUCGCUAUCAUAAAGGGAAAAUCGUAAAAAAAUUUGUAAAAAAUUUCCUUGAA